AUGGGCUCUUUAGCUGCCAAGUUGCUCCUGCCCACCGUUAGCAGCCUGGCCUUCCUCCCCACCGUCAGCAUUGCAGCCAAGAGGCAGUUUCACAUGGAGGCCAUGGUCUACUUCUUCACCAUGUUCUUUGUUCUGGUCUGCCAUGCCUGCGAAGGCCCUGGGCUCACCUUCCUUUGUUUCAUGAAGUACGAUCUCCUGCAAUACUUCAGUAUCUUUGGAACUGCCUUAUCCAUGUGGGUCUCACUGAUAGCUCUGGCAGAGUUCGAUGAACCCAAACGAUCAACUUUGGUGAUGUUUGGAGUGCUUACCAUAGCUGUCAGGAUCUACCAUGACCGGUGGGGAUACGGUGUCUACUCUGGACCAAUCGGCACAGCCGUUCUCGUGAUAACAGUCAAAUGGCUGCAAAUGAUGAAGGAGAAGAAAGGGCUGUAUCCAGAUAAGAGCAUCUACACGCAGCAGGUUGGGCCCGGCUUCUGCUUUGGGGCCUUGGCUUUGAUGCUGAGGUUUUUCUUUGAGGACUGGGAUUACACCUACGUGCAUAGCUUCUAUCACUGUGCUCUGGCCAUGUCGUUUGUCCUCCUCCUGCCCAAAGUGAACAAGAAAACGGGCAACGGGGCAGCCCCUGCAAAACUGGACUGCUCAACUCUUUGCUGCUGCGUGUGAGGGAGGACUUGGCCCUUGGAGUGAAGGAUGAAGGGACCUUGUCCAGGCCUGCAGAUGCAGCUAAAAGCAGCACCAUGGGCACUGUUUGGUAUGCCUGAAUUUUGCAGCCUAUCCAGUUCUGAAUUACUGGGCUCUCAAUCAACAGUGUGCUUGGCUCAGCUCAAAAGUUGAGCAGGUCUGCUUUGUUCUUAAGUGAUUCGAAUGGUAAGGCCUCAGGUUGGCUUCUGAAGUACCAGUUGCGUAUAAAUCUAUUAAAGGAAUAGUGUCCUAAGUUACAAUGCUUCUCUUUUACCUUUGCAGGCCAGAGUUAAACACACCAGGUUGCGGAAAGACACGGUUUCCUUCCGAGGACUGGCCCCAUCAUUAACACCAUUGUGUCUGCAGUGCCUUAAUCAACACUUAUUCUUCUGCUCUGAGAGAUGUUUUGGAACAGGGCUCUCCAACCUUGG